AUGGCAGUCUCCAAUAGUCUGCUGCACGACUGGCACAGAGACGACAAACAUGGCGAACGACAAAGACCUGCAUCUGCAUUCAACCCGCUGCACAACUUUCACGUUUCACUGGGUCCUGAGGCAGAGUUCGCUCAGCAGUUUGCCGAUCUGUAUUACUUACGGUUGACUAAACUACAAGGGGUUGUCAAAGAGAUGGCAGAACAGGAAUGGAGCCAUGUUGAAGUGGCUGGAGAAAAAGCUAUCCAUGCAGAGAGAGUGCUGGACGUUCGGCAAGGUGAACUUUCGUGGACGGCAGGGACAAUCUACGUCGACCUGCCACUCAAACCGAAUGUGAUUGACGAAGUGGUUCGUGGUGAAGAGAUUGCAGCACCUCCUCCUCGGAUAUCCUACUUCUCCACCGAUGUACAGCCUCGUGUCAUGCUCGAAGACCCGUCUGGCAGAUUACGACUUGCAGGAGCUAUGCUAAAGCAACACAUCUUGGUCACGGGAGUGAUAGUGGCUGUUUUGGGGACCGAAAAUGCUAAUGGCGAAUUUGAAGUGCUCGACAUGCUCUUUCCUGAUCUACCCCCUCAACCUUUGCGCUGGGCACGUGACGACGAAGAGAGGGAAGCAGAAGAUGGCAUGAAGGUGGAGAGACAGACGGCCCAGAAAAAGAAGGUCGCAUUCGUGAGUGGUCUAGAAAUUUCGGGAACAGAAGCAGAUCCAGCCAUCCUGAAUCUGCUAACUGAAUACUUGCUCGGUGAAGCACUUGACGACAGUGAUCAAGAUUCUGCGGCUGGGAUAUGCAGGCUCGUCAUAGCCGGCAAUUCAAUCUCCCCAGAUGUUGUAAUCACUCGACCCGACGAUGACGAUGAUUUCGUUGUCGAAGACAACGACGACGAUGACGACGAGGACGAAGACAUGGACGCGAACAUGGAUGCCUAUGGUUUUAAUCCUCUGCCCUCAACGCAGCUCGAUAACUUCAUUUCGGAGCUUCUGCCCUCUAUACCUGUAACGAUCAUGGCAGGAGAGACGGACUUGACAAAUUAUGGUCUGCCCCAACGGCCAAUCCAUACAGCUAUAUUUCCAAGAGCUCGAGCAUACGCGUCUUUCAAUCCGAUGCGGCCUGACGACGAAGAACCGGGCUGGUUUGAGACAGUCACUAACCCCUGGGAUGGCGAUAUCGAAGGCUGGCGUAUGCAAGGGAACAGUGGUCUACCACUAAAUGAUUUGCUCAAAUACUUCGACGUCCGCUGGCCGAAAGGAGUGAGCGAAGUAGAUGGUCGGCUGAAACUCAUGGAGAAAUGCCCUCAUGUUUUUUUUGCGGGCAAUCAGCCGCGGUUCGACACAUGUACAAUCGAGGGUCCUUCUGCGCAACAAGUUCGAUUAUUCACAAUCCCACGUUUCCGUCAGACCGGAGAAAUUGUCCUAUUGGACAUGGAGACACUCGACGUUGAGAUCGUGAAAUUCGAGAUUCAGGAUCAAAUUCAAAUGACGACAACGAAGACAGGGUGA